AAAUAUGUGUCGCAAUAACUGAUCAACAAAUGCCGGGUGUAAACGAGUCACGAACCAUUGUACAGACGAAUCUCAAAGUAACAUGAAGUGUUUCUCUUUCAUUUUCUUAUUUAUUUGUUCAUGCCGGGUAUCUGGUGUGGAUAUCAAUGGCUAUUUGGAUUAUUAUGUCUCCGGUGAAUUCCCCAGUGGAUUUAAGUGGGGAGCAGCGUCGUCGGCUUAUCAGAUAGAAGGCGGGUACAGAGCAGACGGUAAAGGAGAGAGUAUAUGGGAUGUAUUUGUACAACAACCGGGUAAUAUUAAAGAUGGUAAUACGGGCGAUACAGCAUGUGACAGUUACCACAAAUAUAAAAAGGAUGUGCACUUAUUAUACAAAAUGGGGGCGAAUGUCUACAAGUUUUCUAUCUCGUGGCCGAGAAUUAUGCCAACAGGUGGAAACCCUACGAAUGAUAAAGGUAUCGCCUAUUAUAAAGAUCUGAUCAGUGAAUUAAAGAAGUACAAUAUAACUCCUAUGGUAACAUUAUAUCAUAAUGAUCUACCGGAACAAUUACAACGACAUGGUGGCUGGUUGAACGAAGCUACAGUGACGUCAUUUGUUGAGUAUGCUCGAACAUGCUUCAGAGAAUUUGGAAACGAAGUGAAACACUGGAUUACUAUAAACGACCCAAGAAAAGAAGCAAUAGAAGGAUAUAGCACUGCUAAAAUAGCCCCUGGUUUAUGGGGUCCGGGAACCAAUGCGUAUAUUGUCGGUCACAAUCUUAUCAAAGCUCACACAGACGCCUACCACGUUUAUAAAAAUGAAUUUAAAAAUACACAAGGAGGAGAAGUAGGAAUCACCUUGUCUACUGAUACGUACGAAGCGAUAGAACCAAGUGUCUCAUUACACGUAGAUGCCGAAAACAGGGCGAUGGAGUUUCACUUCGGGUGGUUUGCCCAACCCAUAUUUGGAAAUGGGAAUUACCCCACCACCAUGAAGCAAUUAAUAGGCGAAAAAACCCAUGACUAUAAACCCGGUUCGUCGUCAAGGUUACCGUCAUUCACAACAGCUGAGAUCCAGAAAAAUAAAGGAGCUGCUGAUUUUCUUGAUGUUUAUUAUGAUCGAACUCAACACGUUUCUUCCAUGGUCAGAUAUUGUUACCCGCCAUCAUAUGCGUGUGAUAGUGACACUGAAAUAGGAACAGCCAUUCGCAAUUAUCCAUACUGGGGGUCAAUUGUUAUUAGUCAAUUGCGAGAUACGGUAAAAUGGAUAACGGAACAGUAUACUGUUACUGGAUUAUAUAUAACACAAGAACGUUAUUUAACUAGAUCUGGUACAGAUCGAGACAACCGUCGACGACACAGUAUUAAAAGAAAUAUCAACCAGGCUUUACAAGCUAUUAAGUUAGAUAACAGCACCAUAAAAGGAUAUAUGUAUGGAUCAUUGAUGGAUGGAUUUGAAGACAGUGAUGGCUACACAUUGAAAUCUGGUUUACACAACGUGGAUUUUGAAAAUGAACAAGUAAGAACUCAAAGAGAUUCUGCGGAUUAUUUGAGCAGAGUCAGUAAAAAUAAUGCCUUAUUAAAAGGUUAUCCUGGACCAGUCGGAAGUGAAUCGGGUGUUGUUCCCCACCUCAGUCAGAAUGAUAUUUAUUAUGGUCAAUUCCCAGAUGACUUUAAAUGGGGAGUCGGAAGUGCAGCUUACCAGAUAGAUGGAACACCUAGUGGACGAGAUAAAAGUAUCCACACAGAUACUUCAGCCAGCACUAGUGACCAGUAUUACAAACAAGAUGUACAACUUAUAAAACGUUUAGGGCUUAAACAAUAUCGGUUUUCUAUCGCCUGGUCAAGAAUCUUUCCUGAUGGAACCAACGCAUCUUUUAGUGAGACAGGGAUGGAAUAUUACAGAAAUUUAACGACAGAGCUCAUCAAUAAUCAGAUCGAACCAAUGGUCACACUCUAUCAUUGGGACAUGCCCCAAGCUCUUAAAGACCAAGGAAGCUGGUUAACAGAUGCUACUGUAGACAGGUUCAUUGAGUACGCUGAUAUAUGUUUCAAACGACUUGGAGAUAAGGUUAACCACUGGGUUACGUUUUACGAUCCUCUGGCUAUAUCUACAUUGUAUGUUUCAGGUUAA